UAGCGGGUCAACAGAGAUAUCACUCUGACCCUCACCACUCCUCGGCGGCUGAAAGAGAUAUCAAAAUGUCUGCUCCUGUGAUUGUUAUUCCGUCCACCUCUGCGGCUCCAUCGCCCAAGAAACCAAAGACGCCCAAGGGCCCCACGGUUUCAUCCCUGGUCCUGAAGGCUGUGGCUGCGUCCAACGAAAGCGCCGGCAUCUCCCUGGCAGGCCUGAAGAAGGUUCUGAGUGCCGGAGGCUACGAUGUGGUCAAGAACAAAGUCAGACUCGCCACCGCCAUCAAGCGCUUGCUGGCCAAGAAGGCCCUCGCCAGGAGCAAGGGCACCUUCAAGAUCAACAAAGCGCCUCCCGCGCCCAAAAAGAAGAAGGUGGUGAAAAAGAAGGCUCCAGCCAAAAAGGUGGCGAAGAAGGCAGGCGCCAAGAAAUCACCCAAGAAAGCCGGCAAGAAGUCACCCAAGAAGGCAUCCAAGAAAAAGAAGGCAACGUCUCCCAAAAAGGCAAAGAAAGCCGCCAAGAAGCCGAAAGCUCCCAAGAAGGUCAAGGCCGUCAAGAAGGCAAAGACCUCCAAGAAGGCAAAGGCACCAAAGAAGGCCAAGGCCAAGGCUGCUCCCAAGAAGUGAGAACUUCGCCACUGGACACUAAAGGUGGUCCAAAAUUUUCCUGCUGGCCUUUGACUCUGUUUGGACUUACCUGCAUCCAACACCAGACUCUGGGUGUGCUUUAGCUAUUUUAGACUUUCUCUGGCUGGAAACACCGAACUUGCUGUUUUUACACUCAUUUCCUUUCUUUUUGAAUUCUGACCUUGUCUGUUUUGGACUAAACUGCAGUUGUUUGAGAAAAUAAAAACCUUUUAAAAUCACA